UAUAUCGGCUGAUCCACUGAUACUGAGUCACACAGUCUUACCGACCAGACUGGGAUGAGUUCACAUCUCGUGUGAGUAUGGCCUGAUGCCGAAAUGCCGGUUCAAACUUGUCAUCAUCCAAGAUGAGAGUGGGCUUGACUGGUCAAGUCCACCUAAAUUAGUGGAAGAGGACAAACAUGUCGCUCAUAUCAAGCCUUCACGAAGCCAUCCAAAAUGGCGAGCUGGAUACUGUCAUCCGAUUGGUUGAAAGAGGCGCUGACAUCAACGCCACCUACAUCCGGGAAACGGCCUUCACCAAAGCGCUGGAAUCUGAGCGGUUCAACAUAGCAGUUCGUAUCAUGGGGUCUCGCACCUUCAACCCCAACGCUGGGAAUAAAUUUGAACGAACGCCACUGUUCUGUGCCGCAAAAGAUGGCAAAUAUGAAAUCGCCGUGGCCUUGCUUAACAAAGGAACGGACAUAAACCUUGCUGAUAUUAGAGGAGUUACUCCCCUUGGUGCUACGGCAUGGUAUGACCGCCACCAGAUGGCACAACUUCUGAUCGACAGGGGAGCCGAUAUCAACCAACAAGACUCGAGUGGGGAAACGCCUCUAUAUCGUGCUUGUGCUAACGUGAGCGUCAAAGUUUCAAAAGUCCUUCUUGAAAAUGGAGCUGAUAAAAAUCUGCAAACAUAUGAAGGCAACAGCCGCCCUCAGUUCACACCCUUAAUGGCGGCAAUUCCGUCUAAAUACCAACUAGAAGUGAGAAGACGGAGGAUGACGGAGAUGAUUGGUUUGUUGAAGAUGAUGCUGUCACACGGCUGUGACGUCAACAUGGUGAACAUACACAUGAUGACGGCAUUGCACGUCGCCGUCGACCGCACCGAACUCUACGGCGCAUGCUUGUUGGCAGAACACGGCUGUGACCUUGAAGUGAAGGACAAGGACGGGAUGACACCACUUCAUCUUGCAAUCCAACCCUGCAGACCUCAGUACGAGAUGGCCUUGUUCCUGCUUCUGUACGGCGCAGACGCCAACUCCAAGUUCAAGGACAAACAAAGUGGAAAGGUCAUACUUCCGCUUACCAUGGUCUUGAAAACCCGACCUGAAAAUGAACUUGUGCAGAAACACAGGGCGAAGUUGUUGCACGCCUUGAUCCCAGCUACGGAUCUAAGCGGCAGGAAUGUAUUCGAAGUGAUCGAGACGAUGUUGGAGAACCUACCAGUUUUUCAGGAAGACUUUGAUCAGCUUCAGGACUUUAACGUAAACCAGCCUUCCUCCUUACAAGGUCACUGCAGGCGCCGAAUUAGGAGGUGUCUUGGGCAGCAUGUUUUUGAAAAGAUUGAGACGUUACCCGUCGGCUGGCAGGUGAAACAAUAUUUGGCGUUGGAUUGUGAUUACAGGCGUCAGCAUCCCCAUAAAUCCUGUGAUAUUCAUAUCUGUGUUUUGGAUAAUAAAAUAGAUCGGUUGAAGAUACUCCUUAGUGAGGGAUGUGAUGUGAAUGCACCGCUAGCGGACAAAAUCCCCUUGACCCUGGCUGCUCAGACCGGUAAUGUGAACGCAGUGAAUGUUCUGUUGGACCAUGGCGCUGACCCCGCCAUGUUGGAUGGAGGAGGUCAAAGUGCACUUCAUGCAGCUGCCAUGAACGGUUCUGACAAUGUCGUUAGAGUGUUAUUAACGACGAAGUGUAAUAUAAAUGCUCUCAACGCUGCUGGAAAUACGGCCGUUCAAGAAGCCGCAAAUAUGGGCCAUUUCGAAACUGUGAUAAUUCUUCUCUACUAUGGUGCGAAUUCUUCAAUUGUUGGGCCGAGUGGAAUUCCUUGCAUCCAUCUUGCUGCCGGAAGUGGACACCUAAAGGCUGUCGAAAGCAUUCUCAAAAUAUCUGAGGACAUACGACUUAUUGACAAGUUCGGAAACACCCCUUUGCACAUUGCUGCCUCGAAAGGCAUCGUCUACCUCAAAAACAACGUCCGACUUCCGGCGCUUUAUAAAGAGGAAGUCCUGGAGUUGAUAGACGCUGUAAAGUUGCCGCUCACGUCAGGGUUCCCGCAGUAUACCCGGGUUGAUGGCGUCCACCAUUUUGAAGUUGUCGAGAUGUUGCUAAAGGGUGGUGUAAACCGACGUGCCUUAAACGCCGACAAGAAACUAGCCAUGGAUUUGGCGAACGAAUACUUCAAAGAUGCUGUUGAACUAAUUGUAGCCGUCUAGGCAAGGCUAGUGCAGCACAGCUUGAAUGUGCCUUCGGUACCUUUUAGAAAGAUCUAUUCUUGAAUAUAACUAAUAUUUUGCGUCAGAUCAGCAUUUGUUGGCUCCUAAUUACUGAAAUCAUAGCCACAACAUAAGCUGAAUGAAGUUAAGUGUAAUGUUUGUUUGAUGUUUAAUGCCGCACACAGCAAUAAUCCAGCUCCAUGGCGGCCUGCACAGAAUCCAAUCUGGGCAAACCAGUCUGAACGACGUUUGUAGUCAAAGAUGAGUGCGAACGUGUGCGUGCAUGGGAACGUUGAUGUGCAAUGGGGAAGAUGUAAAAGUAGAGUUUUGUAUUUAUUUGAAAAUAUUAUUUUAAGCACACCAU